GUGAACGAGCUUCUCAGUGUUUCGAAACAGUUUUAGAUGAGUAAUAGUUACUGUUCACAUCAAAACAUGACUUCUUUGAUUUCACCUGAUAAAGUUAUGUGUUUUAGGCUGGAUACUUCAAAAUCUUACUCGAUUAAAAGUGACGUUAUUUAUACUUUCGCUUAAAGUGAUGGUUCACCUGGUCGUAACACGUGGACAUUCUCUCAUGAUUGUGCGUUUGUUACAAAAAAAAUCCUAAAAAAUAAAGUGCGUUAGUGCGUACACAAAGCAUUCGUACCGCUUCAUAAAAUUGGGAUUAAUAAACCACUGGCAUCACAUAGAUUACUUUUUAUGAUGCCUUUAUGAAUUUUUGGAGCUUGAAAGUUUUGGUUAAUGGACUGUAAGCGGAGGGAGACGGAUCUCCCAGGUUUCAUUAAAAAUGUCUUCAUUUGUGUUCCGAAGACGAGCGAAAGUCUUACGGGUUUGGAUCGACAUGACUGUGAGUAACUGAUGAAAGAAUUUUCAUUUUUUGGGUGAACUAUCCCUUUAAUUAUCGUUUCUCAGUGCUCAGUCCACCCCAUGACAACAUGGUGUGAAAACUUUCUUUUGCUUGGUUUUGUCAGUGUUGUCAACAUAGCUGCAUAUACCUGAUUCAGGAAAGUUUGUCUGAGAUACUGAUUGGUCACCCCACCCCUUUGACUAUGAUGUGAAACAUGACAUAACUCAGAAUCUCAGAGAUGGCGCAGAAGGCCACACGGAUCGGAAGGUCGGGGGUUCAAGCCCCAGCACUGCAAGGCUCUGGGUUACUGAUCGGAAGGUCGGGGGUCCAGGCCCCAGCACUGCAAGGCUCUGGGUUACUGAUCGGAAGGUCGGGGGUCCAGGCCCCAGCACUGCAAGGCUCUGGGUUACUGAUCGGAAGGUCGGGGGUUCAAGCCCCGGCACUGCCAGGCUCUGGGUUACUGAUCGGAAGGUCGGGGGUCCAAGCCCCGGCACUGCCAGGCUCUGGGUUACUGAUCGGAAGGUCGGGGGUUCAAGCCCCGGCACUGCCAGGCUCUGGGUUACUGAUCGGAAGGUCGGGGGUUCAAGCCCCGGCACUGCCAGGCUCUGGGUUACUGAUCGGAAGGUCGGGGGUUCAAGCCCCGGCACUGCCAGGCUCUGGGUUACUGAUCGGAAGGUCGGGGGUUCAGUCCCCAGCACUGCCAGGCUUUAGGUUACUGAUAGAAAGGUCGGGGGUUCAGUCCCCAGCACUGCCAGGCUGUGGGUUACUGAUCGGAAGGUCGGGGGUUCAGUCCCCAGCACUGCCAGGCUGUGGGUUACUGAUCGGAAGGUCGGGGGUUCAGUCCCCAGCACUGCCAGGCUGUGGGUUACUGAUCGGAAGGUCGGGGGUUCAGUCCCCAGCACUGCCAGGCUGUGGGUUACUGAUCGGAAGGUCGGGGGUUCAGUCCCCAGCACUGCCAGGCUGUGGGUUACUGAUCGGAAGGUCGGGGGUUCAGUCCCCAGCACUGCCAGGCUGUGGGUUACUGAUCGGAAGGUCGGGGGUUCAGUCCCCAGCACUGCCAGGCUCUGGGUUACUGAUCGGAAGGUCGGGGGUUCAGUCCCCAGCACUGCCAGGCUGUGGGUUACUGAUCGGAAGGUCGGGGGUUCAGUCCCCAGCACUGCCAGGCUUUAGGUUACUGAUCGGAAGGUCGGGGGUUCAGUCCCCAGCACUGCCAAACCGCCACUCUUGUGCCCUCCAGGGGCUCUGUAUCAUGGCUGACCCUGCACUCUGACCCCCGCUUCCUGACAUGCUGGGGUAUGCGAAGAAACAAUUUCAUUGUGCUGUAAUGUAUAUGUGAUUAAUAAUGACUCAUCAUUAUAGUGAUUAGAAUAUAUUGUUCAGCUCUCGUAUGCGUACAGGACACACGUGGUCUGUCCUGCGCCAUGCCGUGUGUCACAGUGUAAUCCGGUUCACGGCUGCAAGUACAAGUGCUACUACACAAGUGUGUGAAGGCUUGAUGAUGGGUAGUCACAUGAAAUAAAACAUCAGUGCAUCUGUUUUCAGGGGUAUUUAGAGCAGCUGUCUUCUCAGCCCAGACACACACACACACACACAGA